AGACAUUAACGUAACGUGUUACCGUCAAUAUUAAAGUAAAAAAGCUUAUAAAAGAGAAUUAAACCAAAUUAUUUCGAGUUUAAAUUAUUUAAAUGUCACGCCAGGCUGUAAGGAGGAAACUACAAACAAGCACGCGAGCCUCAUGUUCACACCACCGUCAAGCCGGAGCUGAUUCCCCGUCUAGCCGACACUGAGAGCCCGCUGCCCGGGGCCGGCGGAGUGCACACAGCGGUGCCAGGAUGAAGUUUUGGGGACCAUGUUCGGUUGGAUUUUAUAUUUGUGCGGCCAUGCUUUUCAAAGGAUCCCUGCAGGGAGAACACCAGAGGAGGCUGUACAAGGAGCUGCUCGCUAACUACAACCGGCUGGAGAGACCUGUGGUCAAUGACUCAGCAGCCAUCUUGGUGGAGCUUGGCCUCACACUGCUGCAGAUCAUAGACGUGGAUGAGAAGAACCAAGUACUGAUGACCAACGCCUGGCUGCAGCUGUACUGGACGGACAUCUACCUGAGUUGGAAUCCAGAAAAUUACCCUGGUGUCCAGAACCUGCGAUUCCCUUCAGACCAGAUCUGGACCCCUGACAUCCUCCUUUACAACAGUGCGGACGAGCGGUUUGAUGCCACCUUCCACACCAAUGUGCUGGUGAAUGCGUCAGGUUAUUGCCAGUACAUCCCCCCUGGCAUCUUGAAGAGCACCUGCUACAUUGACGUGCGCUGGUUUCCCUUCGACGUGCAAAAAUGCGACCUGAAGUUUGGCUCCUGGACGCACAAUGGCUGGCUGCUGGACCUCCAGAUGUUGGAUGUGGACACAUCUACUUACAUACCCAAUGGAGAGUGGGAUCUUGUGGGUGUGCCAGCCAAGCGCAAUGAGCUGUACUAUGAGUGCUGUAAGGAGCCCUACCCUGAUGUGACAUUCACAGUCACCAUGCGCCGCAGGACGCUAUACUACGGCCUCAAUUUGCUCAUCCCAUGUGUACUGAUCUCUGGCUUGGCCCUGCUCGUCUUCCUUCUACCUGCAGACUCUGGGGAAAAGAUUUCUCUGGGCAUCACCGUGCUGCUUUCGCUAACUGUCUUCAUGCUUCUGGUAGCAGAGAUCAUGCCUGCCACUUCCGACUCAGUUCCUCUUAUCGCCCAGUACUUUGCCAGCACCAUGAUGAUAGUGGGAAUGUCCGUGGUGGUGACAGUUAUAGUCCUGCAGUUUCACCAUCAUGACCCUCAGGGAGGCAAGAUGCCCAAGUGGGUUCGAGUGGUUCUGCUGAACUGGUGUGCUUGGUUUCUCCGUAUGAAACAACCUGGCGAUGAGCGCAAGCGGCCUGGGUACAAGUACCGUCACAGAUCCCAGCACCACUCCAGCACCAGCUCCAUAGAGAUGGGCACUGUACCAAGCCUCACUAUACCCCUCUCACAGACAUCCUGCCCGCCUUGCCCCACAGGCACCUCCAACGGGUCCAUGAGCCUGUACUUUGGCAAUUACCACCCGAUAGAGAGCCCACAUUGCCCGCCCUCUAGCGACUCCGGGGUAGCACUAGGGGGACGUGCCCAUGGCUCCCCCAGUGAUGAGGCUGAGCCACCUGGAGGAGUUGGCAGUGGCGUUGGAGGCCUGGGGAUGGGAGCUGGACCUGGGAUGGGAGUCAGCAUCCCCCCGCCAGAGAUCCAGCGCAUCUUGGAGGAGGUGUCGUACAUAGCCCAGCGGUUCCGGGACCAGGAUGAGGCUGAGGCCAUCUGCAGCGAGUGGAAAUUUGCAGCAGCGGUGGUGGACCGGCUGUGCCUGGUGGCCUUCUCUCUCUUCUCCAUCAUUUGCACCUUCACCAUCCUCAUGUCAGCACCCAACUUCAUAGAGGCUGUUUCCAAGGACUUCACAUAGCUGGUUGCAGCAGCAGGAGAGAAUGGGAAGGAAGGCGGCACAAACUAGGGUUAAAGAAGAGAUUAAGAAAGAAAGUAAACAAUGAAAGUGCAGUAUGUGGUCCCCAACCUACAGUCUGGGCACCCCAUUGGAUAAGAGUUGGGCCACGCAGUGUUUUAUUUGAAAAAUAAUCUCAAGUAACUGACAAAAGUAAAUGGAGCCUGGCCGCUGUGCCAAGCUGCUGAAUCAUGUUGUUAAUUGAAUCAGUCAGGAAAAAAAAAUAUUCAUGAUUGAUGAAUAAAUAAUUACAGAGAUUAUUAUGUUGCAUUAGAUUUUAAAAUUAAGAAUAGAAACACACAUUCAUUGUCCCGCUCUGUCUUGAUGUCAGAGAGAAAUUGUUCAUAUCUCGAAGAGAAAAAUUGUUUGGGCAUGCAGACUAAAGACAAGCGGGGAGGCUAAUGGCAAAAGGUUGGGAAUCACUGGGGCAGUAGAGGAGGGGACUGUAUAGAUUUUCUUUUUUUACAUUGAGUAAGAUAUAUAGAUAUAAUAAGGGGAAGAUAAUGCAGCAGCUCAUUUUCUAUACCCCUUAAAACAGUGUAAAUAUCAUUGUUUCAUCUGCACUAUUCAUUAAAAAAAAAAAAGGUGCUGUAUGUAACCCUGGAGAAGGGGAGUUGAUUGUUGAGUCUCAUUCACAGGUCGUCAAAUUCUGACGCUUUGGGUUUGGUAGUGGGACCGAACCACUACUCCUGCUUUUUAUUGCCCUCUACUGGUUUCCCUCUGGGUAGCAAUUUUCUUUUGUUUCUCCCAUUUAUAACAAAUUUUCACAACUUUAUCACUAGCUGUUUCUGGCACUGCACAGCAUUUAUAAGCCCAACAACUAUAAAUGUGUACGGUUUCCUAACCCUUCAGGGAUGGAGAGGGGCACCGGUUGGCGUUGCAUGAGUCAGGUGCCGAUGGACGCUUUGGUUGUGUCCGAAAUCACUCACUACUUACUAUACAGUCCACUAUAUAGUGAGUUAGCCAUUUUGUAGUGCUCUAUGAAUGUAGAGUGGGAAUUAUUAUACCCUAUAUAGUGGACUCAAAGUAUCCCACAAUGCACCAUGAAAAGUGGCACACAACCUGCUGUACAUGUUUAACUUAUAAUGACAUGUUACCAGUUUCUUUGCCAUGUAAUAAACUGUACUGCUUCACUAUAAUUGCAGCAUUCACAGACAAACACUUGUCUUUUGCUGGACACAUUUUCCCCACAAAUACAACAUGCUAAUAUUUUUAGCACAAGUCUAUGGCAUUUUACAUUGUAUAAAUUAGCCUAGUGAUGAGCGGACAUUUCCUCUGCUCAUAUGGAGCCAGGAUAAAUCAAAAAGACUCAAAAAUCAGCUGUCUUCCUCCAGAGUUAUAUACGGCGCCUUUAAUUUACUGUACAGUGACUCACACAGCACCACAGUCCACCUCACUGCCUCCUCUCCAGUUCAUUUCGAUCGUCUGAACUUUUGUUCUCCCAUAUGUACAGAUCCACACUGUCGCUCAGUCUGAGCUCAUACACCAACUGUUCACCUUCUGAACUCUUAAUAAGGACGUCCGAUGUCUUCUGAUGAUGUACCAUCCCUGUGAUGUUAGGUUAGUAACUAAAAUGAGAUGUUUCACUGUGAAUUUUAUUGUUUUUGCUUUCACUUCGAUCGACAUUGAACACAACUUGUUUGCUUUGACACAAGCGUAGAGGCAUUUCCUUUAUUCAUCAGAGUAGAAAUGCUCAUCUAGGAUCACUCUUUUAACUUUGUCUUGCCUGUUUUUAUUUUAGCCAAUAGAAUCUGUAAUGUAGUACGAAUAGUUUGGGACAGUGUUAUAAUGAAACAUGCAAUAUAUUGUAUCAAAAAGCACUGUGUCGACACGGUAUGUACUGGUGUUGACCCAGUGACACAAAAUGCACAGGUGUGUUUCUAAAGCACAGUCGAAUACUGUGAGUUGAACUGUACAGUACAUCUUUUAACCAAGUGUUCUGACACCACAUGUUCAAGUCGUUGAUUUUACUGUAAGAAGCAGGUAAAGUAAAAGUGGUUUAACUGCUGUCACAUAAAAAUACCCAUUGUCAUGGACUUUGUUGGACUUCACUGUACAUAAGUGCUCACUGAAGAUGAAGACAAUUUGUGACUGUGACACCACAGACAAUGACAAGAGGCUUGACAGCAAGAAAACUUCACCAACCCAUCUGCCACCAUUUCACUGGAGAAUAUACUGUAGAUUUAUAAAAGGCCCUAUGUGUCCGUGAGUUUCGUCUGUGUUUUGUUAGAGGGAGCUGAGUGACUGAUUCACACUACAAAGUUGUCAACGCCUUUAGUUCCACCUCCACCUUUAGCCACCUCUUUGUUGUAGCUAAAGUCAUCGGUCUCUUUAUCUCUCUCUCUGUCAUUCCAAGUGUGAGUUUUUGGCUCUCUAUGUUAAUAAAAGUCUAU